AUGUAGGAUUUUUUAGGUACGUUUUACCGUCUUGCUCGAGAGACACCUUAACGCAAUUAGCCGUGGUAUUUUGGCAAUAUACCACAUACCCACAGGUACCUUAUUGAUAUUAAAAACUGGUUACCGACGUAAUUAGAACAAUAACAAUUAUUUGGUCAUAACUGUGAUGCCUACUACGGGUACGGUUGCUAGCUAUGUUAUUGUUAGCUAAAGUAAAAGUUAUAGCUAGCUAGUACAAAUAACGUUAGUGUGCAGGAGAAAAACUGACAAAAAAGCUUAAUUAGUUUCCCCAAAAAUGACCCUGAAAGACGCAAGCGAUGGAUUAUUAAUAUGAAGUGGAAAGACUGGAAUCCGCAACACCACCACCGUGUGUGCUCCAUUCACUUUGAAGACAAGUACAUUUGCCGGAUGGACAAACGUCAACGUCUCACGCCAGACGCAGUCCCGACCAUUUUUGACUUCCCAGAGAACUUUCAAAAGAAGAAGGCAUCCAUCCACCCACAGAGUAGAAGAGCCAGGAGUGAUGGGUUGCCAGAGAAGUAUACCUCUGCCCCUGCUGUUACAGUGGCUGAACCGGUCAUGACACCAAGCCCCACCAUCACAUCAGAGACAAGCAAGCUGGCUAAAGACAAUACUAAAGCUCCAGAAAAAGUUACCUCUUCAAGUUGGUAUAUCCAUGUAGAUGAAGAAAUCCAAAUGGCUGAAUCCCUCCCAGGUUUCUUCCACAGUGAUUACUGUCUACCACAUAGUAUUCGCUGGGGAUUCAAAGAUGAUGUUGCCCCGAAGGUAAGUUGUUUGCUCACUGGAAUAACCUGUAGCUUAUGCUAUAUACCAAUAGCUUAUGCUAAGAAUUUGAUAAACAAUGCACUUUAUUUUCAGGUGGCAUGUGAGAACAUGGAGUUCCAACUUCCACCCCUCAAGCACAUAAUAGAGAUCACAGAGGCGUGGGAGUGGCUGGGUAUGGACAUCAGAGGACCACUGCCCCUAACACCGAACGGACACCAGUACGUUCUGACCUUGACAGACUUCUACUCCAAAUGGGUGGAGGCCUUCCCCCUGAGAGGUUGUAGCUCUACUGAGGUAGCACAGCAUGUAGCUGAAGUCAUCUCUCACUUUGGCUUCCCUUUUGGAAUCCUUGUUCGACUAAAGAGGAAGUUUACCAGUAAGAUCAACCUUGCCUUAAACAGUCAUCUGAAGCUGAGGGGGUUCUCUCUCUUAUACCGUCAUCGGCAAGUUGGAUCACUGGAUCUGGCCACACAGACCCUGAUCAGCCGGAUGGUGUCUGAUCUUGUGAAGGACCAUCCAGACAACUGGGAUGUCUGCCUCCCUGCAAAGGUGUUCAGCCUGUGUUUCAAGGAGCACCCCAAGACCAAGCAGAGACCUUUCUCUCUGCUGUGCUGCAAAGGACCACAGCCGGUCACCACUCCUAGGGAUCUGUCUUUCAGUCCUGCAGAGCUCAGAGAGAGUUCCUUUGCAAUCCAGUCAAAUCAAGAGGGUGGACAAGACUCUGAUCCGCAAGACAUGGUUGGCAUUGAAUCUGGGAAGGAAACAGCUGGAAAGAGCACAGUUACAAGGGUCUCCUUUUUAAGAAGCAACACAGAGAGUAACAUCAACACUGACGCUAACCCCGACGGUCGCACGGACGGUAACCCCGCGGACGGUAACCCCGACGGUCGCACGGACGGUAACCCCGACGGUCGCACGGACGGUAACCCCGACGGUCGCACGGACGGUAACCCCGACGGUCGCACGGACGGUAACCCCGACGGUCGCACGGACGGUAACCCCGACGGUCGCACGGACGGUAACCCCGACACCAACAGUGAGCGAUCCUCUGAAGAACAUCAUGCCAUGGAAAACUGAAUAAUUGAUUGGAUGUGGUUUUUAUUUUAUCAUUUUGAUUAGAAACACUUGUCUUUUACGGUUGUUUGGCUGGUAUACUGGGUCAUGAUUGUUACACAGGAGGAUGAUAGUAGGAGUUUAUGAACCAACUGGAUCAAUUCAAAAUAUCAUGCAUAGAUGAUGGAAUAGUGAUAAGCUUAUCCUAAAAGCAAUUUCUUUAUUUUACACUGUAAACUUUUUUUUUUUCUUCCAGUAAAUUAAUCCAAACAUUGUAGUACAUUAUUGUAGUAUAGACAUUUUCACCUUACAUUAUUGUAGUAUAUACUGUAGAUAUUUUCACCUUACCUGAUCUUGGAAAAAUUCACUUCAAUGCUCCUCCAACUGGUAAUUAGUAGUAGGAAACGUAUCUAUCAUCCCUGAGCUCUGACUUCUCUCACAUGCUGACCUCUGACGUCACAUACUAAGGAAAUUACCUCCAUAACAGCAUUUUCGGGGGGGGGAAAUGCAUUUUCGGCAGUUAAAUGCAACAAAACAUUAUUUAUAAAAAGCAAUAUUGUUAUUGUUUUUGUUUAUGGUUGACGCAGUUUGUUGGCCAUUAGCCAAUCGGCGAGUUCAAAGCUUGUGAAUGUAUCUAACUGGUAAAUACUACCUAACGACUUCACAACUGGUAAAUACUACCAUGGUUAUGAACGCAGGAUUAUUGAAGGAAUGUUUUUUUAUGCCAUGAAUAAGAGACUGAACAAUAAAAAAAAAAAAGCAUUUGUUUAUACAAAGCUACUUACAUUA